AUGAAUAUCCUUUCUUGGAACAUCAGGGGAAUGAAUGAGCCCCUGAAGCAAGCUGAGCUCUAUGAUUGGAACUUAAUUGAGAACUAUGAGUUUUCUAAUUUAGGGAAAAUUUGGAUCAUCUAUAACAAAACUAGAAUUAAGGUGCUUAAAAUAGAUUCUAGUGAUCAAUUUGUGCAUUGCAAAGUAGAGUAUGAUAACAAUGAGUUUGAAUGGACUAUCAUAUAUGGGGCCAACCAAUUAAUGGAUAGACAGAUUCUUUGGCAUAAGUUAGUUCAAAUGUCUUCUCGAAUUACAAGUCCUUGGAUGAUUCAAGGGGACUUUAAUGCAGUUAUGGGAGAGAAUGACAGAUGUGUGGGCAAUGAGCUUGAUUCUAAUCAUGCCUCUGAACUCAAAGAUUGUAUAAACAAUAGUGGUCUUCUUGAUGACAGAAGGAUUUGGAGAAGACUAGACAGGGCUUUCGUUAAUGAAGACUGGUGUGUCAAGUUUCAGAACUCUUUCUUUGAAGCUGGUCCUAGUGGAAUCUCUGACCAUAGUCCUAUCAUUGUUGUCAUCCAGAAUAAUGAGAUUAGAAGGAAAGGAAGCUUCAUGUAUUUCAAUUUUUGGGCAGAUCACCCUGAUUACAAAAGCAUUAUUGAAGAAGAGUGGAACAAAGAGUACAGGGGUUAUACCAUGUACAAGAUAGUCAAAAAGCUCAAGGCCAUAAGCUUUAGACUAAAAAAUCUUAACAAGCAGCAAUACUCAGACAUUUCUCAAAGAGUCUCUAAUCAGAGAGUGUUGCUUGAAAAACUUCAAAAUGAUAUUCAAAAUGACCCUCUUAACAACCAUUUGAGUGAGGAAAGCUUCUACAAACAAAAAUCUAGGAUUCAAUGGCUUCAGCUUGGGGAUUCUAACACUAAAUAUUUCCACAACUCCAUCAAGCAAAGAAGAGUUAGAAAUAGUAUUCCUGUCCUUAAACUGGAUUCUGGUGAGCAGAUUACCAAGAAGGAAGAUAUCCAUAAGGAGAUUACUAGAUAUUAUACAAAUAUGUUCAGCAAGAGCAAUUCCAACAGAAGACACAUUGAUAGGAGGGUUAUCAGUCAGGGCACCAGAGUCUCUGAAGAAGAAAACAGAUUGUUGAUGAGGAGCAUUUCUGAAAAGGAAGUGAAAUCUGCAGUUUUCUCCAUAGGCUCAGAUAAGGCAGCAGGGCCUGAUGGGUAUAACAGUUUCUUUUUCAAGAAAUCUUAA